AUGAAGUUCGUGCCGGCAGGCGUCAUGCCGUUCGUGGCCCUGCUCCUGCUGCAGCGGCGGCCCGUGGCCGGCCGGGCGCUGCUGGUGACCGGCUCCGGCUGCCCCAGCCACGGCUUGUGCCGCUCCAACGUGCAGGAGCAGACCCGCAGGCAGGUGGCUGUGCUCAACGCCACCGCCCAGGAACUCUUCAGCCUCUAUCUGAAGUGCCAGGGAGAACCGUUCAGCAGCGAGAGUGACAAGCUCUGCAACCCCGCUGGCAUCUUCUUCCCCGCUUUCCGCGUCAACCGGACGAGUGAGAGGAAGGAGGUGAUGGUGGCCAUGUACAAGCUCUUCGCCUUCCUCAACGCCUCGCUGGGCAACAUCACGCGCGACCAGGAGGAGCUCAACCCCAUGGCCAAGGAGCUCCUCGAGAGACUCCACAACACCACCAAGACCACCCGAGGCCUCAUCUCCAACCUCACCUGCCUCCUCUGCAAGAACUACAACAUCUUCCAGGUGGACGUCAGGUACGGGGACAGCUCCAAGGGCAAGAGCGCCUUCAAGAAGAAGCAGCAGGGCUGCCAGGUGCUCAGGAAGUACGUGCAGGUCAUCGGCCAGGCAGCACGUGUCCUCCUACCUCAUCUCAGCCCCUCAUGAGCGCCCACCCCGGCUACGCUGCCUCUCUGCUGCUGGCUGGCCCCCACCACUGC